CGCGACACGCUGGGAUAUUGGGUUCAUAAACCCGGUCUUUGAGUACCAGACCAGUUGUGAGUCGUGUCAUUUAUUUGAAGCAAGCACAAGAAGAACGAGUGAGUUGACAGAUUUUCAAGUGAAUUGCGAAGCAAGUACUGCCGACAGAGAUUUUUCAAUCUUCAACUGCGGUUUAAGGAGUCGAAAUGAGACUGCUCCUUCUCCUUAACACAUUCUGCCUUCUGGCAGCCGUCGCCUUCGCCUCGAAGGACGACAAAAACAAGGACAUUGGAACUGUUAUUGGCAUUGAUUUGGGAACCACUUACUCUUGUGUUGGCGUGUACAAGAAUGGUCGAGUGGAAAUCAUUGCUAACGACCAAGGUAACCGCAUCACUCCCAGCUACGUGGCCUUCACUGCCGACGGCGAACGCCUUAUUGGUGACGCCGCAAAGAACCAGCUGACCACCAACCCUGAGAACACCGUUUUCGACGCCAAGCGUCUCAUCGGUAGAGAGUUUACCGACGCCACUGUCCAGUCUGAUAUGAAGCACUUCCCGUUCAAGUUGAUCGAGAAGAACAGCAAGCCUCACAUCCAGGUUGACACCUCUCAGGGCAACAAGGUCUUUGCUCCCGAAGAAAUCUCCGCCAUGGUCUUGGUCAAGAUGAAGGAAACUGCCGAAGCCUAUCUUGGCAAGAAGGUCACCCACGCUGUUGUCACUGUGCCCGCUUACUUCAACGAUGCCCAGCGUCAGGCUACCAAGGACGCUGGCACCAUUGCCGGUCUCCAAGUCAUGAGAAUCAUUAACGAGCCGACUGCUGCUGCCAUUGCCUACGGUUUGGACAAGAAGGAAGGCGAGAAGAACGUUCUAGUCUUUGAUUUGGGUGGUGGUACUUUUGACGUGUCCCUGCUCACCAUCGACAAUGGCGUCUUCGAAGUCGUUGCCACCAACGGUGACACUCACUUGGGAGGUGAAGAUUUCGAUCAGCGCGUCAUGGACCACUUCAUCAAGCUGUACAAAAAGAAAAAGGGCAAGGACAUCCGCAAAGACAACAGGGCAGUCCAGAAGUUGAGGCGCGAGGUUGAGAAGGCAAAGAGAGGUCUGUCCUCCGCCCACCAGGUCAAGAUCGAGAUUGAAAGCUUCUUUGAGGGAGACGACUUUUCUGAAACUCUCACCAGGGCCAAGUUCGAGGAACUGAACAUGGAUCUCUUCCGUUCCACCAUGAAGCCAGUGCAGAAGGUCUUGGAAGACGCUGACAUGAACAAGAAGGACAUUGAUGAAAUUGUUUUGGUCGGAGGCUCCACUCGUAUCCCCAAGAUCCAGCAGCUUGUUAAGGAGUUCUUCAACGGAAAGGAGCCUAGCCGAGGCAUCAACCCCGACGAGGCCGUUGCUUACGGUGCUGCCGUCCAGGCUGGAGUACUGUCCGGCGAACAGGACACUGACGCUAUUGUCCUCCUUGAUGUCAACCCUCUGACUAUGGGUAUUGAAACCGUUGGUGGAGUCAUGACCAAGUUGAUCCCCCGAAACACCGUCAUCCCCACAAAGAAGUCGCAGAUCUUCUCCACUGCCUCUGACAACCAGCACACCGUCACCAUCCAGGUCUACGAAGGUGAACGUCCGAUGACCAAGGACAACCAUCUCCUGGGCAAGUUCGAUCUCACUGGCAUCCCUCCCGCACCUCGAGGUGUUCCCCAAAUUGAGGUGACAUUCGAAAUCGACGCCAACGGCAUUCUGCAGGUGUCUGCGGAGGACAAGGGCACAGGAAACAGGGAAAAGAUUGUCAUCACCAAUGACCAAAACAGAUUGACCCCUGAUGACAUUGACAGAAUGAUCAAGGACGCCGAAAAGUUUGCCGACGAGGACAAGAAGUUGAAGGAGCGCGUCGAGGCGAGAAAUGAGCUCGAAUCCUACGCCUACUCCCUGAAGAACCAGUUGGGCGACAAGGACAAGUUGGGCGCCAAGGUAUCUGAUAGUGACAAGACCAAGAUGGAAGAGGCCAUUGACGAGAAGAUCAAGUGGCUGGAGGAGAACCAGGACGUUGAUUCCGAGGACUACAAGAAGCAAAAGAAGGAGCUCGAGGACGUUGUGCAGCCCAUCAUUGCCAAGCUGUACCAGGGUCAGGGUGGUGCCCCGCCCCCACCUGCGGGCGGCGACGACGACGACAUGAAGGACGAGUUGUAGACUGAUCUUGCUCCCGCCUCAUUGAAAUUCCACACUUUUCAUUUUUGAUCUGAGACUUGCAAAAUUUUGAUCAUCCAUUUUUUGGUUCUCUUGAAUUGGUAUUUACAUUAAACACCAAUUCCAGCGGGCUCCACCUUUUUGUUUGUUAAUUUAUUAUUGAUAUUCCAUCCAGCACAAAGACCCUAACACACACACUUAGAAUAUGUAAUGCCAAUUAUUAUUCCCCUCAGUCUCUCCUCAAACACGACUGCUUUGUGCUAGGUUCACGUGGUCAAAGGCGAAUAUUUGUGUUUAGUUUAAUAAGGGUGUGCUGAAGUCUUUAAAAUGAGUAUGUUGAAUGAUAUGGAGAAUGAAAUCAUUAAUCAAGACACAAUGUUCUGUGGUAACUAAAA